CCGGGGCGGAAGGAGGCGCUGGGCGGGCACCGCGUGCGAGGAGAGCCGGGCCGGGCCGGGCCUGCUGGCGGGGCUCAGCCCCGGAAGGUGACAGCCAUCAGCCAGCUGCAAGACUGUCACCAUGAGUUUUGUCGAAUAUGGAGAUACGAUAAAGGAUGGUGACACAGCUAUUGUAUUCUUGGGCCAUGAAUCCAUGUUUCCUGUGAAAGUCCAGCAUGGCACUGUAACUCAGACUAAGUAUGGGGUCAUCAGGCAUUCCACAGAUCUCAUAGGCAAGAAGUAUGGCUCCAAAGUAACCUGCAGUAAAGGAGGAUGGAUCUUUAUUCUUCAUCCAACUCCAGAACUCUGGACCAUGAAUCUUCCGCACAGGACGCAGAUUUUGUACUCCACAGACAUCUCUAUAAUCACCAUGAUGCUAGAACUGAAGCCAGGCUCCAUAGUAUGUGAAUCAGGUACGGGCAGCGGAUCCCUCUCCCACGCUCUCAUCCGGACAGUGGCUCCCACAGGGCACCUGUACACAGUGGAGUUCCACCAACAGAGAGCUGAGAAAGCCAGGGAGGAGUUUAAAGAGCAUGGGGUGGAGCAUCUGGUCACUGUAACCAACCAGGAUGUCUGCAAGAAUGGGUUUGGUGUCUCCAACGUUGCGGAUGCUGUGUUCCUAGAUAUUCCUUCUCCAUGGGAAGCCAUAGGACAUGCAAAGUCGGCGUUAAAAGCUGAAGGUGGCCGCAUCUGCUCGUUCUCCCCCUGCAUCGAGCAAGUCCAAAGAACCUGCCUAGCGAUGGAAGAAUACGGUUUUACAGAGAUUAACACCUUGGAAAUCCUGCUCCGAGUGUACAACGUAAGGACAAUUAGCUUACAAAUCCCUGACCUCGGCAAAGCAGCUGAGGAUAAUUCUAGCACCGGCUCUGACAGCAGCAACCCGUCACACCAAGGUAGCCCGUGCGCCAACCUGCAGCAAGGAGCUGUGCAGUUCAAGAGCGGCGUGCCGCUGCGGGAGGUGGUGGGGCACACUGGCUACCUGACCUUUGCCACCAAGAGCCUCUUUUAGGACAUGUGGAGUUUGUGCAGUUCACAUUGGUUUGUGCCUGGUAUUCUGUUUUCAUGGUUCUUUUUUGUAGGGCAUCCAGGUUUUUUUUACUUCUCAUACUUGUCGGGGAAUUCCAUAUAUAGUCACAUUUGGUUGGAAGAGGCUUUGUUUAAAUAGCAGACAGGCAUUAACCAGAGCAGCAUCAGGGGAAUGUUGAAAGCCUGGAACGGGGCUCUGUGCUCUGUGUCAGAAGGAAGAUGAAUUAAUAGCGAAUGGCCAUUCACUGGAAUGUGCAGAAUAAAGAUCCCUCCCGAUGAGAAAGCAAAACAAACAGCGCACUAAUUGCAAAGAGGUUGGAUUGGUUUUCCUCCUCCUUUCUGAAUUACUUUCCCAGCUCUAUUUUUCUCCAACACCACUACAUACUCCUGUUUUUUAAACUCUUUUAGGAACGUGAAGGUGCCAACUUGCCUUAUUUUAGACAUAGAAGUUGUGAGGCCAUAGGGGUGCCAGCACAGCCGAUCACAGAAUUAGUGUUUCCUAGUGUUACAUGGCUUCGGGGAGGAUUAUUGGCAGUGCUCAGGAGCACAAUCUCUCACUCCAUUCCAGGCUGGCAAGUUGUUUAGGUUACACAGAGGCCAAAGAAGUGUGCUAAUUGUUGGAUUAGGUUUAGAAUAGUGUACUGUGCUCAUCAAUUUGUAGUAGAAAUUUGGACCUGGAUUCAUAUUGUAGACUUCUAAUAGAUCAGCCACCUCCAGGGCUGACGAAUCCACUGUGAACAGUCACUGAACGGCAGGGUAAUAGUCUCUGAGGACUUAUUUGUAAGCAGUGUGGCUGAGGUGCCAUUUGUUUGGUGGUUUGUGUGCAUUACAGUGUACUGUCUUCCUGCAGUUAAAUGCCAGAGUGCUUUUGGCAGAAUUACUGUCUCCAAACUGCAACAACAAUGCAAACUUAGUAAAGUCCUCAACCAGCUUUAUUAAUUACGUGUUCAGACCAUUUACUCUUUGGUCUUCCAUGCAAAGCUGGUGGGUGUGAUGAGCUGUUUGAAUACUGGAUUAAAUUUGGUAUUUAUAGAUUAAAAUAAUUAUGUACAUUGAUGAAGUUCCUUCUUUCUGUUUAUCUAGGGGGGAUUUUUGCCUUGUUUUUAAUGAAUUCAGGAGUAUUUUUAUGCCAUCCAUUAGUCUUGUCUCUGGAAGCGUUGAGCUGUGUCUUGCAUUCAGUACCUGAAUAUUGCCACGUAAGAAAAAUAACCAUUCAUAAACUGCUGCCUGAACAUUUGAACCUGAUAUCCCUCCCCCAUCCUUGACAAAAAUAAGCAAAGCCGAGCUAUUACCGUGUUACAGCACAACGCUAAUCCAUCGCGGUUUAAAGCAAGCUCAAGCCAUCACAGCAGCAAAGAUAAACUGCUCAGCAGAUUAAAGGCAGAAAGCAAUUCUGUUGAACUAAAUCAGUUAUGUAAGUUGGCCUACAACUAGAGUGUUCCUCCAGCCAUGAUAUGAAAGUUCUCUUCCUGCUGCUUGUUCACGUCCCCCAGAAAGGCUGCAGCGUAUGUGUUUUGGUAGCUGUAUCAUGGUGACGUGCUUACAUGUCUGCAUGCUCACAUGUGUCUGAAUAUGGCUGUAUUUGGACAAGGGGUGAUGGGAUGAAGCUGGAACACAAAAAGUUCCACUUCAAUAUAAGAAAAAACUUAUUUCACUGUUCAGGUGAGGGAGCCCUGGCACAGGCUGCCCAGAGGGGGUGUGGAGGCUCCUUCCUUGGAGGGCUUCAAGACCCACCUGGACACGUUCCUAUGUGACCUGAUCUAGGUGACCCUGCUUCUGCAGGGGGGUUGGACUGGAUGAUCUCUAAAGGUCCCUUCCAACCCCCACCAUUCUGUGAUUCUAUGAUUUGUGGGCUUAAACAACUGAAAGAAGGCUAAGGUGCUAAUGUAUACCAGAAGAAAGGAUAUGGGGAAUACAGUGUUAAUGCUCUGAGGUUGGGAUCCCAGGUCUUCACCAGGGAACGUUCCAGCACCAGUGUUGAUUUUCUUUCUCCCUGACAGACUUUGUUUUAAAAGAGUGUAACAUUUAAACAGGAUUAAAGAGGAACAAAGUCAUGUUUCUGUCCUACAAAUAGACAUGGAAUGGAAAUAUCGAUGUGUCUUCGUGGAGCUUGAAACAAAGCUGAUGCCUUUGUUGCCUACAAAGCCCAAUUCAAAAGCCCCUGAAAUAAACCAUUGACUUUGCAUGGCCCCAUAUUGAUUUGAUCCCUGCAGAGGAAGGACACACGUUGCGUAAGAGGAGAAGGAUCUCAUUCCUGCCUUUGCAAUAUUAAAAAGGCUUCUGUGUUUCUGUUGCCAGUGAGAGUCAGGGCCAGCAGC